AAGAUGCCUCCGAAAGCAGAUUGGGAGAAAUGGGAGAAGAAGGUAGACGGCAAGGAAGAGAAGGAGACCAAAGCCCUGGACGACAGCGACAUUCAGAUUCUCAAGACAUAUGGUCAAGGUCCGUAUGCUCACCGGUUAAAGAGGAUUGAGAACGACAUCAAGGAGGUGCAGCAGAGGAUUAAUGAGAAGCUCGGUGUCAAAGAAUCGGACACGGGUCUUGCUUCACCUAACCUCUGGGAUCUUCCAGCUGAUCGCCAGAGAAUGUCUGAGGAACAUCCCUUGCAAGUUGCACGUUGCACAAAGAUCAUACCUAUGGAUCCGGCAAAGGCUGAGCGUGCGCGUGCCGUCAAUCCACUCGGUGCCGUCCAGGGACAGAAAGGCGCGGACGAGCAGGACAAGUACGUCAUCAAUAUCAAGCAAAUCGCAAAGUUUGUUGUCGGUCUCGGCGACCGUGUUGCGCCGACAGAUAUCGAGGAAGGCAUGCGAGUAGGAGUCGAUCGUACCAAGUAUCAGAUUCAAAUACCACUCCCUCCGAAGAUCGAUGCGUCGGUCACAAUGAUGCAGGUGGAAGAGAAGCCGGACGUCACCUACUCAGAUGUUGGUGGCUGCAAGGAGCAGAUCGAGAAACUCCGAGAAGUCGUCGAGACACCACUACUUUCACCGGAGCGUUUCGUUAAUCUCGGCAUCGACCCUCCAAAGGGUGUUCUGUUAUUCGGCCCACCAGGUACUGGCAAAACACUCUGCGCUCGCGCGGUUGCCAAUCGAACGGAUGCUACAUUCAUUCGUGUCAUUGGUUCCGAGCUUGUGCAGAAGUACGUUGGUGAAGGUGCUCGAAUGGUCCGUGAGCUUUUUGAGAUGGCGCGCAGCAAGAAGGCGUGUAUCAUCUUCUUCGACGAGGUUGAUGCUAUCGGCGGUGCUCGGUUCGACGACGGCGCAGGGGGCGAUAACGAGGUCCAGCGGACGAUGUUGGAACUGAUUAACCAGCUUGAUGGUUUUGACCCUCGAGGAAAUAUCAAAGUAUUGAUGGCGACAAAUCGGCCGGAUACGCUGGACCCUGCACUACUUCGUCCGGGACGGCUUGAUCGACGCGUUGAGUUCUCUCUGCCGGACAACGAAGGUCGUGCCCACAUUCUUCGGAUCCAUGCUCGAAGUAUGAGCGUCGAGCGCGAUAUUCGGUUCGACCUCAUUGCUCGACUGUGCCCGAACACCACAGGCGCGGAACUCCGGUCAGUCGCCACCGAGGCGGGAAUGUUUGCUAUUCGUGCACGACGGAAAGUCGCUACAGAACGCGACUUUUUGGACGCCGUAGAGAAGGUGGUUCGGCAAGGGACCAAGUUCUCCUCCACGCCGCUGUACCAGGUGUACAAUUAGAUCUGUUCAACGGGACAUGUACGAUACUUUUGAGGCCUCUAUCUUAUGUUCUCAUGAUAAAUCGCCGCUCUACCACUGGCUACACGUCCCUCAGUAUGCACCUGACCUUCCCGCGGUCAGAGUGUGCCGCCGAUCGC